AGUGGGCUGGCCUGUGUGGGUGGGAUUUCCUGUGCUGGAGGUCAGCUGUUCUCAAUCCCUCUUUCUCACUCCCUUUCUCUCUGUCUCGUCCCUUCUUUCCCCCUCUCCCUGCCUCGCCGGGGUCCUCGCAUCUUUCUCUCCCUCCCUCCCCUCCCUCCCCGGUGCCUCUUGGGUUGGAAUACAUAGUGAUGUGUUAACUACAGGAUGCCCAGCAGCACUGGAAAGAGGUUUAAACCUACUAAAUACAUCCCUGUCUCCACAGCAGCUGCCUUAUUAGUGGGUUCGACUACUUUAUUUUUUGUUUUCACGUGCCCCUGGUUAACAAGAGCCAUCUCCCCAGCCAUCCCUGUGUACAAUGGGCUCGUGUUCUUGUUCGUACUUGCAAACUUCAGCAUGGCGACGUUCAUGGACCCUGGAGUUUUUCCACGAGCAGAUGAAGAUGAGGAUAAAGAUGAUGACUUCCGAGCUCCACUCUACAAGAAUGUGGAGAUUAAAGGAAUCCAAGUACGGAUGAAAUGGUGUGCCACCUGCCAUUUCUAUCGCCCGCCCCGCUGCUCCCAUUGCAGCGUCUGUGACAACUGCGUUGAGGACUUUGACCAUCACUGCCCAUGGGUCAACAAUUGCAUAGGACGGAGGAACUACCGAUAUUUUUUCCUCUUCUUGCUGUCCUUAAGCACACACAUGGUCGGAGUGUUCACUUUUGGGCUGAUCUAUAUUUUAAACCAUAUGGAAAAGCUGGGGGUAGCUCACACCACCAUUACCAUGGCUGUCAUGUGUGUGACUGGACUGUUCUUUAUCCCAGUCAUUGGUCUCACAGGUUUCCAUAUUGUUCUAGUGGCACGAGGGCGUACAACCAAUGAGCAGGUGACGGGUAAGUUCCGUGGGGGGGUGAAUCCUUUCACUCGAGGGUGCUGCGGUAACGUGGAACAUGUGCUCUGCAGCCCUCUGGCUCCCAGGUACAUUGUUGAGCCAAAGAAAAAGCAGGCUGUGAGUGUGAAGCCUCCUUUCUUCAGACCAGAUCUAUCCGAGCGACAGAUCACAGUGAAGAUAAGUGACAAUGGGAUCCAAGCCAAUCUUAACCGAAGUAAGUCUAAAGUUAGCCUGGAAGGUCUGGAGGAUAAAACCAUGGACAUCCAGCCACCUCUGCCUCCCAAAGGAGAUCCAAGCAAGUACUCUGAACUGAAGGGGCAGCUGGGAACCAGUGAAGAGAGUGGUCUUUCACCUAAAUUGAUCAGUCCCCCAACUCCUGCCAUGUAUAAGUAUCGACCAGCUUUCAGCAACAAUUCCAAAGUCCACUACCACGCUGCAGCUGAGCAGAUCACCAUGCAGGAGGGACACAAGCAAGGUGUUUUGAUUGAAGAGAAUGACCAGAGUCUUGAUUAUCAAUCGGAGCCCAACCUGGACAUCUCGAACUACAGGAAGAGCUCGCUUCACAAGACUUAUCAGUCCUCUCCACUCCAGAUAGACUCCUUCGCCGUCAAUUCGCGAUCCCUGAGCUUGAAGUCUGCCAGCAGGAGAGGGACAGACAAAGUGCCACUGCAUCCAAUAAAAUCAGAAGGGGCUGCUUCCACCCCCUACAAAAGCAUCUUUUCCCCCAACUCCCUGUCAAACAGAAAUGGAAGUCUGUCUUAUGACAGUUUGCUAAACUCCAUGUCCCCUUCCGGGAGGAAAUGCAUAGCCCAUUCUGCUGUUGGCUCCGUGGGGUACCAUUCGCCAUAUUUGUCAGCCAAAAUGUGCCACCUACGGGGGAGCGAGCUGCAGCGCCAGGCUCCACAGAGUUUCAGCCCGGUGCUGGGGGGCCCAGCGUCGCACCAACGGGACCCCUCUCCUGUCCGUUACGACAACCUUUCAAAAACCAUCAUGGCAUCCAUCCAGGAGAGGAAAGAAAUGGAAGAGAGGGAGAAGCUCCUCCUGUCACACCCGGAUUCGGUGUUUGCAGACUCGGGUGUGUAUGACACCCCUAGCUCUUACAGCCUUCAACAAGUCAGCGCGCUGUCUGAAGACCCUCGCAGCAUGGUGAUGAGAUAUGGCUCCAGAGACAAUUUGAUGACUGCGACCAGUUUUAGCACAAGGAACCCUAUACUGCAGUCCUCGGUGUCUUCCCUCUCAAGUGCAAUGGCCAGGGCACCAAGGACUUCCACAACUUCCCUGCAAGCCGAUCUAGCCAAUAACAAUGUCCAGUCCCAUCAGGCACUACAAGGCAGGGUGAGCAAUGGCUCCUACAAGUCACCAGGCCAUCAGGUCCCAUCAUCCCCUACAGGGAUGCCUAGGUCACCCUCUUAUGGAGGUCCAAAGGCUGUCUCAUUUGUUAACACUGUGGAAAUAACGGAGGUGCAAUCUGUGGGAGCACAAAGGGAGGACAUGCAGUUGAAGACACCUCACAGUAAAAUAAAUGGACAGCCAAAAGGAAUUUCCAGGGCAGAUUGUCGACUGGGUUCAACGGCAAGUUCCCAGGGGGCCCCGGUCAGUCCUGCUAGACAUUCAAACGUUAAGAAGGUGUCUGGUGUUGGUGGAACAACCUAUGAAAUUUCAGUGUAAAAUAAAAAUUAACAGUUAAAAUAAAGAGCCAUCCAUUAAGCCAGCCAUGAAGCUAGGUGCACUGUGAAGACUCAAAGAACAUCAACCACAAAAGAAGCAGCAGCUGCCAGUGUCCCUUUUGGGUUUUUUUCUGUUUGUUUGUUUUCAUCUUUCUCUUUUGGCCAAAAAAGAGCUGCAGCCUUAUUCUUGUGGGAAUAAAAUUGUACAGUCCAUCAGAAACUGUCUCGAACUGACUGCGGAAACUGGCUACCACCUAGCACCACAACCAUAGAGAUUAUUUCUUUCAUGAAAGAGAGUGAAAAAGCCAUUGUGUAUUUGUCUGUCAAACAAAACUGUCAUAUAGAAGUUGUGCUGUGAUGACGAAUUAAUCUGGGGUCAUGUUUUUCCUCACCACAAGUUUUCUGGCCAGCAAAAUCUCGGGACAAGCCACUGGCCUGACUCUUAUUUUCUUAUAGACAUGGAGACCAGACUCCUUGUUUGCGUCUGUGUGUAUGAGAACUACCAUUUGUCCCCAAAGCAUUGUUGGUGUUAUUCCUCCUGCUUUAAAAGAACCAGGCAGGGUGCAGUGGCCCUCAAGCAUCAUGUAGUGUUCUAAAGUCUCUCUCUCUCCUCCCCCCACCCUCACCCCUUGCUCUAGGUGGAGAGGAGAAAGAAUAGCAGCAGCUUCUCACUGUCCAUGAUUUGCCUCCCUGUGUGUGAAAAUGUGUGUGUGUGCAUUUGUGUCUUAUGGAAUCGGACUGCCACAUAAGUAAGGAUUUAUCAUUCCUCCCUGUUGCUCCCUCUCCCUCUGUUUUUAAAGGCUUCUUACUCUGAAAAACAAGCCUCUAAGACAUAAAAAAAAUUCAGAUGGGAAAAUAUCUCUCUCCUCCUUUUUGUUUAUGGGAUGUAUGCAGUAACAUGGUUUAUUGUCUUGCAGUGGUGCAGUGUGUAUAAUCUGAGAGGAAAGUUAUCAUGAUCUGUUGAAUUUGCAGUGUGUGUGACUGAGCCAAGCACAUGCCUAGAGGAUAUAAAUUUGCUGCCUGCCUAAUGACCACCAGCCCUUAAUAUUGCUGGGCAGAAAGUUUUUUCCAGUCAAUAACUUUUUUCAAUAUCAGUUAUGUCCAUUUAGUUCUCUGGGCAUUCCUCCUCCUGCCCCCACAAAGCUAUGUUUCUCUUGUUGAGUUUUGAGGCAACAUUAUUUUAAGAACCAAAAAAAAGCCAGGCAGAUAGCAUAUGGAAUCUCUGCCUUCUGUCUGGCUCUUCAGAGGCAAAUAGUGUUUGCUGGACAUCUAAAUUCAUCUCCCCUUCAGGAUGCUGGCUUCAAAGGGGUUAAUGUUUUAUCUACAUGCCAUGCUGAAAAUGGAGAGAUCUCCAGAUAUUUGAUAGUCAGAAUUUAUGUAACAAUACAGAAAGAUAGUUUGUUUUAAUGAACACUAAGAUUUAUUAUCCAUUGAGGAAAAUACUGACCUCAGCUUUGUCUUAGUUAACAUUUGCCUCAUGAUUCAGUAAAUCUUGACAGCCACCUCAAUAUCUGCUUAUUAUGUCCCUUGUAUAUCACAUCUCUUUUUGAGAGGUCAGAUAGAAAUGCAUGGUGGGGUUAAACAUGCUUCUGAGUAAUGUUCUUGGCUUGAACCAGAUCAUCUGAAGAGAGAAAUUUGGAAAGUAACAUAGCAGAAAUAGACCCAAACUAAUAGUGGACAGCAAAGUAGAUAUAAGCUUGCAGUGCUGUAUGACAGCAAAAAGGCCCAGUGACAUUUUGAACUGCAUACACAGAGGCAUCACAGAACUGAGAAGUAAUAGUCCCUCUAUAUGGCUUUGGUAUAAUUUUAUCUGGAGUAUUAUCAUUAGUUACAGGCACUUUAUUGCCAGAACUAUAUUGACAAAUUGGAUCAAGUUCAGAGGGGAACAAUAGAUAUAAACAGAGAGCUGGAGAGGCUGAUUUAAAAAAAGAUUAAGAGCUAAAAUGUGUAAUUAAUUGGCUGAGCAAUAUUAAGGGAAGGGGUUAUGAUAAGCUUACAGAUAUGUAAUUUAAAGGAUGUAGUCCCAAAGGUGAUACAAGGAGUUAUCACUGGUAGCAAAUAUCUUGUAUUUAAAAGGAAAAACAUUAAACUGAAUAGCAGGUGAAGGGGUUGUGGAAUAGUCUUCUAGUAGGAAGCCUGAUCACUUAGAAGAUUUAAAACUAAAUUGGACAAAGUCUUAGAAAACUUUCUACAGGGAUCAAUUGUGUACUGACAAGGGGCUGGUCUAGAUGGCCUUAUAAUUCUCUUCCAUCUUUAAUUUCUACUCAUCUGCAAUUCCAGCACGAAUUUAACUCCUUGAGGGGUGAAAUUCAUCUCUGUGGAGAGAGUAGCACAAGGCCUAUGUAUCACUUAAGUAUCACUUAAUGUCACACUUAAGCCAUCAAAAGAGGGGUUAAGUGGAAUGUAGACUUUGUAUUGGCAGUCUGCACUGGGGCAGAUUAUAUCACUUGGAGUGAUUAUAAACCAAGCCAUCCAAGUAAGGCUUUUAUACUGCACCAGUGUAGCUUUGAAAAUAUGCAUCCCAUGGCACUACACUGUGAACAUACUUUAUGAUGUUAGAAAAGAACAAUCUACAUAUUUUAAGGGCAAAUAGGCCUUUGAAAUUACUACAUAAACUCCUGAGCAAGAAUGACUCAAUAAGACUAAACACAGUACUAUGUGUACUAUAUGUGUAAACCUUUCAAACACUUAUAGCCAGGGUUAUUUAGCUAUAACUCGUGGAGAGAGGAAGAAAAAUAAUUGCAUUGGGAAUACAAAUAAUUAGGUUACAGUGCAAGUUCUAUAUACUUUUUCUGAAGGUGACUUAACUAGAGUUGAGACUCAUCUGGCACGUUAGUAGGCUUAUGAUGGUACUAAAAUUCUUUUUUGAAGUUUGCAUAUAGAGUAGUGUGAAUGACUGGAGAUGGAAGUAAAUUUUUCAACUCUUCCUGGAAGUAGUAUUCUAAGAAGUAAUUUGAGAUUGCACACAGCGAGUUCAGCCCCAUUCCCAUCUAAAGCCCCAGUCCUGCAAUUGGAGCCAAAUGAGCACAAGCACCUGCUUUCAUAGUUUUAUUGGAGGACUGGGGAUCUACUCAUUAGCAAAACUGCUGUUGACUUUGGGAGCAACAUCUGGCCCGUGUUAUUUUUUCCAGCUUUCCAAAAUUACAAGUUCUUCAAGCAAUUUACAAAUUAUUAACGAUGUGCUACUUUUACUCACAUAGUCCUUCAGUUUUUAUAGACAGUAAGGCCCAGUACUUCAGAUGGUGUGAUUUGGUGUAGCUCUCUUUAAAUUGGCUAGAGUUAUGCCAAUUUACAUUUCAUUGAGGAUCUGAUCCCCUGGAUCGUAACAGAAGAUCCACUGCAGGUUAAUAUGUUUUUUAAGUAGCCUCUUGUUUUGUCUUUCUUAAUUUGUACUUCAGAAGUCUUAAAUCUUUUUAAUAUGUUUAUUUUUUUAGCUGUAGAUUGUAUAUUAUAUCUAUUUCUUAUUUAAGAAACAUUGAGUUUUCAUUGCAAAUCCCAUUUUAUUAGCAUCAUUUCACUGUUCAUUCAUUCCAGUUUAACACCCAAGUUUCAUUUUAGUUCAGUAUGUCUUGAGAGAGCUGACACUCUGUAGCUUUAAUGAACUGUAUAAUAAAUAGAGUAACGUGAUAUUAAAUGAACCUUACUCCAUGAAUGGGUGAGAAGAGGAGAUCUUUUUACGUGAAGCCUUACAAUUUUUCUUUUUUUACUUCUUUGUGUUUUGACUUAAUCAGAAGACCUGCAUAGCAAUGAAUUUGAAAUGGUGGGCCAAAUUCUGCUCCGACUUACAACUAUAAUUUGGCUCUGUAUGUUGAAAACCGGAUGCAGAAGUAACUGAGUGAGCAAAAAUGUUGUGUUGUCUGAAGGGGAAAAAAACCUUAGGGUUCUGUAUUUUCAUGCAGCUGGGUAAUAAAGUUUCAGAGAAUUGCAGGCCUGUGAUAAGUAUAUUAAAGAAACCUCUGCCUUGCAUUAUUGUGGGCGGCUAUCACAGGAAGCUCACAGCCAACACGUUUGUAAUUACUUUUUAAAUUAAAUAAAACCCAAAUUCAAUAAUUUAUUUUGGUUAACCUCAGCUGUAAGAGCUACCCAGGCCUAUGCAUUAAUGUUCAAUAUAUGAUAUGUGGCAAAUGAGCUGUUUGUGUUGCUGUGUUGAAAAUGGAAGCCAAGUAUUAUCUGAACUUUGCCUAUUAUAAUUGCAUCAUGAAUACUAUAAGGGAGCCUCUUCAGAUGAUGGCUGCACUCUAUAAAGCUUAAAUGAUGUGGAAAUUGCAAUGCAGUUUUCUUUGUACUAUACCUGUGGUCCAGCCUAGAGAUAUAUAUUUGAAGAGGGAAGGGUGGGGAGGAUCAAUGUUGCUGUCACAUAGACAGUUUGGGAAGUUUAUGUUGACAUGUUUUUACGGUCUAUAUUUCACAUGUUCUGCCACCUUGAAUUGUUGGAAUGAAUCUGUGCAGGCUUUGUGGAGCUCUGUCUGUAAAACGUUUUUGUGGAUCUGGUAAAAUAUAUAUGUGUGUGUGUGUACGUGUACACACACACACACACACACACACACACACACACUUUGGUAUUUUAAGGUGUUACAUUUUCCUGGUGUUUCUGCAUCAGGCUAUAUAGCUUCAGGAUUGUCCAGAAGGCUCAUAUGUUCUUUCUACCCCUUUUCUGAGGCCUUGUUAAUGUUCCAUUGACUACAUCACAAUCCAUGGGCCAAAUCCUAAGUGGCAUGGAGCAUCUUCAGCGCCCCCUGACUGUACUGAGAGUUACAGAUACUCAGCACCAUCCAUGGGCUGGCCUCCAUGUAUGUGUAACACGUAGAAGUGUGUGAAAUGUGGUAGUCUUGCAUGGCACAAAGGUCAAUCUGGAUGCAAAAACCUCCGGUGAUAGAACACAAAGGGAACUAAUUGAAUCUUAAAUACCUUCUUCUAGAUGAGGGUGGAAAACAAGGUGAGAUGACUCCCUUAUAGUAAUCUCUGAAGGCACUAGUAUUGCCAAUGAUUAAGUGUGGUAUCGAGGACAGCAGGAUGUGUACAUCUGACAGAUAGCUAAAUUCCAGUCUGUCUAACCACCUAUGUCAACCCGUUUGUUUCUAGUCUGUGACAAUAUGCCAAUUAGGUCUGUGCUAGUAGUUUAUAGUUGAUACAGUUGCCAAAUCCUCUUAAGAGCAGCUGCUCUGGGAUCUUAGAAGCCAUAAUGUGCAGUAUGCAGACUGGUGACACUGAGAAAGGAUUCAUUCAUGAAGAGUGUUCAUUGUAAAUGCUUGUCAUGCUUGUGUGCUGGAGUGUCUUUGAAUGAUAAAGAUUAGGCUAUAUAUAUAUAAGGAUCAGAUCCUCAGCUGGUGUAAAUCAGCAUCGCUCCAUUGAUUUCAGUUUAAUCAAAUGGCUGAGGAUCUGGCCCACUGUAUUUUAUAUAAAAUCAUACUGGCUUAUUCAGAUGUUUUCUAUAAGACACAGCUAAAUUUACUAAGUUAGCAUUAAUUUCUCUGAUUUCUUUUUUCAGUUCUGUGGGUCAAGUUUCGACUCACUUUUAAAACUAGAUACGAGAACAUAAUAUUUGAAAAAAGGAGAGACAGAUGGGAACUACUUGUGCGGGUGAAAAUAGCUUUUAGAGGAAGAACAAUUACAUACUAAGUGGAUUUGAAUUACUGUCAAAAUAAUUUUUGUUCGUCUUAUCACAAUAACUGGAGUUUUUAAAGAAGACAUUUCACAGCUGGUAAAUCCGUAUCAUCGAAACAUUUAAAAAAUGUCUCAGUUAGACAUGUCAAACUGUAUGGUGAAAUAUGAUUUACUUCCAUAGUUAAAAAGAAUUCUAAAGAACUGAAGGUACAUUUGACUGUGCCUUAUAAAGAUAUAUGAUAUGUGUAUAUAUAUACAUAAGUGUGUACAUAUAUUCAAAGAAAACUGGUUACAGAUUUGCUCAUCUGGUAUAUUUUAAAUGUGCAACUGAUGUUUGUUUACAGAAACAAAAUUAGGGGCGGUGUCAGCUGCAAUAUAUAUAUAUAUAUAUAUAUAUAAAAAAUAUUUGUUGAAAUACAAGCUGAAAAUACAAUAGAAGGUUAGAUCAUAGUUAGCAUCUCUGCCAAAGGGUCAGGGGCGGCUCUAGCUUUUUUGCCACCCCAAGCAUGGCAGGCAGGCUGCCUUCGGUGGCUUGCCUGAGGGAGGUCCGCCGGUCCCACGGCUUCAACAUAACUGCCACCGAAUUGCCGCCAAAUCCACAGGACCAGCGGACUUCCCACAGCCAUGCUGCCGAAGGCAGCCUGACUGCUGCCCUCGCAGGGACCGGCACGGUGCCCCCCCCUCCCGCUCCCGACUUGCCGCCCCAGGCACGCGCUUGUAGCGCUGGUGCCGGGAGCCGCCACUGUAACGGGUUCUCUUGAAAGUGCUGAAAAAGUAAAAUCAAGUAGAUGGCAGAGCAAUUUUAGACUCUUUUGAGGGACAUUUAAAAAGAGGGGUGGUUAUGAAAGCUUGGGGAAAAUCAGUGUUAUUAUCUUAGACCUUGUCCUUCAGCCUAGUUCCAUAUAUUUAUUUUCACUGGUAUACCCUUCUAUUGCCCCAUAUCUUAUGUAUUCACCUUCUUUCAAAUCCAUUGCAGAAAGCAGGAUACACAGGACCUGAUGAUCUUGCUGUGGUAAAUCCUUUGUUCCAGUUCUGUUCUAUGCAUAUCUCCAUAUCCCUAAGUGUGUGCAAUAUGGCCGUCUUGUUAGUAUAUGAUGUCUAUUAGCAUACUUCCUGGACCUGGAUCUACAAAGAGGGGAAACAUGCCUGGUGCUCAAAGGAAUAAAGCAGGGUGAGUGUGGAAGGGUGGGUUGCAUUUCCUAAAGGAGGAUAAGAGGAUAGAAAAAUUGAAGUAAUUCCUCAAAUAAAGCAGUCUUGGAAAAGCUGGCUCAUGUACAGCAGCAAGACACCUUGUUUCUCAUUGACCUUGGCAGAAUUUCAUUAGCCCUUUAAUGUGAGCAAACUGACCUCAAACAAUUUCUUCCUAAGUAGACACACAGCCAUGUACACAGCUAUGGCUUAAGCAUAUUUUUGGACAUUAGAUCUUGUUUCAGAGUGAGAUAAGUGAGUCUUGGUAUAAAUGAUUCAUUCUUUCUGGUGACUGUGAGGAAGAACUUACAUUAUCCAUGUUAUCUUUCCCCUACACUUUGUUUCCCUCAUACUAUCUCAUACCAUGUAGCUAUCCUGUUACAUUUUGUUCACAUUCAUUCCUUUUUGUGGAUGCUUCAGAAACUUGUACCAUAGAACUGGGGUUCUCUAUUGUUCUUCUUCAACAGUAACUGUGUGUGGGAAUUAAAGAGGAUUAACACUAGCUGUCCUUCAUGUAUUAGAUCUAGUGUGUAGAUCCACUCCCGGAAUAUCUGGCCUGAACAGGAAUAGCAGACAUGGAAACACUGGCUGUCUGGUCAACAUGAAAAUGAUCAGCAUCUGCAGAUAUUCCAGCUAUCCUUUCCUCAUUAAUCAAAGUUGCUCAGGACUUCUUGUGCACGACCUUUUAAGUGGAGAAACCCAGUUUGUGGUCCAGUGCUAUAGCAGAAGAGUAUGUUAUGAUUUAUGGGCCAGAUUCUGCUUCCAGUGGGCCUUCCAAUAGUCAAACAAAAUCUGAAGAUUCCUCAUGGGAGAAGAGAAGUACAGCCAACACAAAAGUUCAAAAAUUGCUGUACUGUUCUUUCUUUUUCUCUGCAUUCUUCUCUUGAGCCUUCAAGGCACAUCUGGUACGUAUUUUCAAGCUUUUCUUCACAACCAUAAGGACUUAUUGUUUUAAAAUGAAAGCAGUGAUUCUUACAUGAUCAUGACUCCAGGAGCUGGAGUUUUAAGCAAAA